CUAAUUUUAGUCACCGCACAAUUUCACAUUCAUGCGAGCACUAGUUGGUAAAGAUUGUAUAAUUGCACACUGCAUGUCAUGUUUCCUUGAAUGUAAACCACUAGCUAGGUUGAAGUGGAUGGCAAAAGAGAAGGCGGCCUUUUUCAUCCAUGCAUGGGAAAUGCCCUUGUGAUUUCAUCUCGAAAAUACAGACACACCUCCAUCGACGAGCACCUCAAUCUGCAUGCAGCUGCAUUCUAGCUAGCAAGAUUGAAUUCGAUCGAUCGAGGCGAGGUAGCUCGAUCUGAAGGGAGGCCGGUGAUCAAUCGGGCGCUGGAUCGAUCAACCUACUAAUCAGUGCUCUGCACAAAAUUGAUCAAUCUAUCGAUCACGGCUGCAUGCACAAUUGAUCGCUGCCGGCCGGGGAGGGGCGAUCGAUCAGGCGGUGAUCGGCGGGAGACUCGGAUCGAGAUCCUGGCGAUCUGGCGCGCGAGCCGAUGAAGCUCAAGUCUCGGCGUGGCAGCGUCGGGGACGAGGAAUCAGCAGGUGCGGACGCCGUCGGGAGCCUGAUCGCCCCCCUCACGCCGCGCAAGGACUGCUGGUGGUCCUCGGCGCUCCUCAAGGCCAUCACCGUGCUCCUCGUCCUCGUCACCGGCGUCCUCAUCGGGUUCGCCGCCAGCGCCAACAUCUCACGCUGCUACUUCUACACGCCAUCGUCGUCGUCGUCGGAUCAUCAGGUUGGUGGUGAUCAAGGCGACGACUCCAAUUCUAAUCGAAAGACGCAGCAGACCGAACAGCAGAUGCAGGGCGGUUCAUCGCCGUCGCCGCCAUCAUUCAUGGACUUCGUGCACCCCGGCUCCCCGUGGGGCCACACGAUGUCCGACGAGGAGCUGUUCUGGCGGGCGUCGAUGGUGCCGCGGGUGGAGGAGUACCCGUACCAGCGCGUUCCCAAGGUUGCCUUCCUCUUCCUCACCCGCGGCCCGCUCCCGUUCGCCCGGCUGUGGGAGCGCUUCUUCCGCGGCCACAACGGGCUCUACUCCGUCUACGUGCACGCCCUCCCCAACUACGUCCUCAACGUCUCCGCCUCCUCCCCCUUCUACGGGCGGCAGAUCCCGAGCCAGGAGGUGUCGUGGGGCUCCAUCACCCUCGUCGACGCCGAGAAGCGGCUCCUCGCCAACGCGCUGCUCGACCACUCCAACCAGCGCUUCGUGCUCGUCUCCGAGAGCUGCGUGCCCGUCUACAACUUCCCCACCGUGUACGAGUACCUCGUCAACUCCGCGCACAGCUACGUGGAGUCGUACAACAUCGACGUGCCGCAGUGCGCCGGCCGCUACAACCCGCGCAUGGCGCCGGACGUCAUGGAGGACCAGUGGCGGAAGGGGUCCGAGUGGUUCGAGCUCAGCCGGGACCUCGCGCUCGACAUCGUCGCCGACAAGCGCUACCACGCCGUCUUCAGGCAGCACUGCACGCCGUCGUGCUACCCCGACGAGCACUACAUCCCGACGUACCUCCACCUCACGCACGGGGCCAGGAACGCCAACCGGACCAUCACCUGGGUCGACUGGUCCAGGGGCGGCCCUCACCCGGCCCGCUACGGCAAGGGCAGCGUCACCACGGAGUUCAUCCAGGCCAUACGGAACAACGGCACGCAGUGCGCCUACAACGGGAAGCCGACCACCGUGUGCUACCUCUUCGCCAGGAAGUUCGCGCCUAGCGCCCUCGGCACGCUCAUCAACCUCACCACCACGCUACUCGACUUCUAAUCCUUUUUUUUUUUUGGCCUCUAUCACUAAUUGCGUGUUUGCUAGUUCUUGACUAUCUAUCUAUAUAGACCUACCUGUAUUUUUGGUGUCAGAUUGUACUACUGUAGCUAGUUCCUUUUUUUGUUUUGUAAACAUAGAGGUACAUGUUUCAUUUUUUAUGAGAAGAAGAAGAAGUGAAAAUGAAAGAAAUGUGGUAUUUUCACAA